AUGAUGACGAGGGAGCAGCUAGUUCUCAUUCGCAAAGCGCUACUAGCCGCCGCGGCAGUUGUUUUAGCAACGGUACUACCACAAGAUUAUGCAGCUGAUCAUGAUGAUCGUUACGCGGUGACGAUUCACGUCACCAACAAGUUGAGCAGCAGGAUGGCGCUGAUAGUGCAUUGUCGAUCCAGAUACGUCGAUCUCGCCGCUCGUUUCGUCGUCGCCGAUUCGAGUUGCAAUUGGAAGUUCAACCGAAAUGAUGCUUAUCCAGGGACGGAUUUUAAAUGUCGCCUGGCGUUUCAGGACAAGCGUCUUGAUUUCUUAGCUAUCACCGUACAUAAAGGCGUUGCGGAGUACGUGUACGACGUAUUUGACGAUGGAGUUUACGGGGCCGACGGUCGUAUUUCUGAAUGGGCUUAA